UAAACUAGGUGUUACCUAACCGUUUGUUGCAGUUGAGCAAGAGGGUGUGUCUUAAUGGUGCAGAUGUAGGCUACAUUUCCAUUACUCGGCGUGUUUUUAUUGAGGUCAGAUGUUUGCGGUCCUUUAUCUACGUAGAUCUAAAAGAAUAAGAGCACAAAAAUGGUCACUCUCAAACAUAUUAUUUGAUAAUCGGUCGACUGUCAAUUAAUUAAAACAAAAUGUAAUUAAAGUCUUCAUAAAAAUGGCAUAUAUUAAUAUAUAUAUAGUGAAAGCUUUUAGUCAGUCGACAAUUAAGAAAAUAAAUAGGCUAGUUUCUCAGUUUAGAUAACUUCCAUAUUGAUUCAGUUUAUAGUGUUUAGAUUCAUUUAGUCUUUUUUUUUUUCAUUGUUGGUUUUCUGGACUCAUGCAGACAGACAUCUUUGGUAUUGCUUCAUAUUUUACGGUUUGCUUUUUCAGCUUCUGUAUUUUAAUCUUAUUUAAAAGAAAGUGGUUUGAGGGUCUAUCCCCUUCCUCGUAGAAAAAUAUUAGGUAGCGCAUACUUAGUUUUUAAUAUUCUUAGUAUUACAGUGCUCACGCAGAAGUGUUAAAUAACAGAUGCUCUUUUGCAAAGUUACUUUUUUAAAGUAAAUGAUUAGAGGUUGAGUUUUAGAGAAACGGUUCAUUCUCAAGCUGAUUUGUAACACUGAUAACGGUAAUGCUUUGGAACACAAAGUAACUUGGGAAAUUCUCAUAUAAAAUCAUUCCGGUCACUGUGUAGGAACAUAUUUUGUUCUUAUCUGAAAUGUGUUUUUGAGCCACACAGAUGUACUGCUGUGAGGCUAUAAAUGUGUUUUAUAAAAGGUUUUAGGAACUAAGCACCCUUGGUACAUUUAGUACAGUUAUAUCACUGUACCUUAAUUAGAUAAACAGUUGUUAGUAGUUUUGUUUGUAAUAAAUUGAAAGGAAUCUAUAUAGACUUGAAUUCAUGCACAUAUAAAUAUCAAUAUGUAAGUAGACCCAAACUUGGACUGCAGAUUAAAAAUAAUAAAUACUUUAUAAUUGUUGAAGUGAUCAAUUUACUAGGCUGAUGGUUAAUAGAUUUUUAGUUAGUCUAUAAAUAAGAAAAUACAUAAUUUCUAAGGCAAUAUUUCAGGCCUAUGUAUUGUGCUCAUUUAUUUAGUAAGUAGUAUACUAUGUAAGUAGUAAAAAGUAGUUUAGAAAAAAGUCUUUUCAGCCCCUUUUGUAUAUAAUGAUGCAAGAAAUGUGAAGAUGUUUUGGGGAAAAUUGGGUAUACAGCCUUUUUAUUUAUUUUAGUGGUGGGCAUAGAUUAAUUUUUUUAAUCUAGAUUAAUCUCACUGUAAUCUUGGAAUUAAUCUAGAUUAAUCUAGAUUAAAAUGGUUCAUUUGAAUUCUGCCAAGUAGAUCAGAAUAAGUUCACUACUAGUAGUAAACAACUAGCAGUCAUCAAGAAUUUAAUAUUGAUAAUAACAUUGAAGACAUUGUAUGAUUAUUCCUUAAAGAUAAGGUUUUAAUAGUUUUAGUAGUAGUAGCCUAUUACGUUCUGCCCAAUGUCUUCAAGUGAAACCGAACUUUUAUUUUGACGGGUUGCCGUGAGGAUAGUUUUUCUCAAAUGAAACGCUCGAAUGCUCAUGAAGUGACUCUCAGAGCAGUUCUGGAGAUGUUGUUCAUGUAUUUAUGUCCUCAUUUAGUGAGACGACAGAUGUUAAUAUCACCGCAAGCGUCACGCGGUCUUCUGUAUGAGUAGUGAACAAACCCGUGCGUCUGCGCCAUACAUUAACACAGAGACACACAGAAGUCAUAUUUAAAUAGACGUUUUGCGGCUAAUAGGAGUGGGAGUGUGCUCACUUGUGUAUGCGCUUACGUUUGUUUGUUUGUGUGUGUGUGUGUGUGCGUGUGUGUGUGUGUGUGCGCGCGAUACAGAGAGCGCGACCAUGUAACGUAGAGACAGAAAUGACUUGCCGAUUUCCAUUGGGAAGCUUCUUAAAAAUAAAUUUUCCCUGAAGCAAACCCGGCGGCUUCAUAGCUGCAUCCAUGUUAGCACGCAUACACACAGGUUCGAAGACUCGUUCUCGCCCCCUACAGUGCAAUUCGGCUAGGUAUACAUCCGCGCUAAAAUAUCAAGGCCAGUUCCAGGUGACAGUGCAGAGCACAGAUGCGUCUCAAAGGUGCAGGAUGUCUGGGUCAUACCUGCUGUCUUCUGAGAAAGAGGCUAUUUGUCUGCUGGACCUUAAGACCGGACAGGCCAUCUACCGUUGGCCCUACAGCUUCCUCAGGAGAUUUGGCCAAGUCAAGGGGGGAAUUAUGAUUGAGGCAGGUCGUCGCUGUCACACUGGGGAGGGUCAGUUCAUUUUCUUGUCAAAACAGGGGGCGCAAAUAAAGAAGGCCAUUGAGGAGGCCAUCAUGCACCAGAGUGUCCAAGAACUGCUGGCACAAGCCACCGCUCUUCCGCAAGAGUUCGCCUCCAAGCCCCCCUUGCCUAAAUGCAAACCACAGGACAGGCCUAAGGUGAAAAAUCUUCCUCCAAUCAGUGCGAAUCAAGAUCGACCACGCCCAGCAUUACAAUGCAAUCACAGCAAGCAAAUACAAAAAGCCACUGAGGAGGCACUCACACACCAGAGUCCCCAAGAGCUGCUGCCACCAUCUACACCCCUUCCAAAAGCCAUUCCACCCCCAUCACCUUUACCAAAAUCCAAAACACAGGGCAGGGACAAAACUAAGUUCAAUAAGCUAAUUCAAGGCAACAAGAAUCAGGAAAAACCUUGCCCACCUACACUGAAAAAACCUGGGCAGCCAAUACACAAGAUCAUUGAAGGGGUUCUCACACACAAGAAUGCCCAAAAGGCAUCAUCCACUCCUCCUCUACCAGCCCCUCCACUACCACCACCCUUGCCUAAAACCAAACCACAGAACAGGCCUAAUGUUAAAAAGCUUCCUCCAGCCAACACAAAUCAAGAUAGACCCUGUCCAACAGUACCACGCAGAUACAUCUCCUUACCAGAUCCACCACCCUGCGUCAAAAGCCCUGUACGUAGCCCGGAUGAAGUUUUGUAUACAGUGGUUUUUCCACAACCAAAACCAAGAUCAAAAAUGAAUCUCCCAAAAGUUCCAAUGCCUCCCAGUCUACAACCAAACACGGUUUCAGAUGUAACCGUGGAUAAAGAGAAGGCGUGGAAAACACCAGAAGAACCUUCCGAGGCCAACAAUGAAGAAGCUUCCUACUACACUAACUGGACCGCGAAGACCACUGCUGAACAGGAUCAACCGAAUAUCGAGGACCUAUAUAGCAUAGUGAAUUUUGCAGCUAAACGUAAGAACAGACAAACUGAGGACAGUGAUGAUCAAGAACAGCCUAACACUGAACAACAAACUCCUGUUAACACUUCCAGUGAAAUCCCUGUCGACUUCAGAGAGACCCUUUCUAGCAUUCUGUUUAAAGAUGUGUCUAAAAUUUCACCCCCAUUUCCGCCCAGGUCACGUGGGGGAAGUAGUGAUCAGUUAGAUCGAAUAGAUGAGCAGAUGACUGAUUGAGGUUUUUAUUUUCUGCAGUUGAGGUCAGUGUCAUUGCUAGCCUGAUUGAUGUGAGUGAUAGUGUUAUAUAUAUGCGUUAUAGUGUGCGAUACGUUUUUAACAUGAAACGUUUAAUAAUAAUGCACAGAAUGUAUUGAGAUGAUUAAAUAUAAGGAAAAUGUAUGUUUUGAAUGUAAAUGAUCUUUAUUGAAAAUGUUUUGUAAGAUAUAUUGUAAAAGUGUGUAUAUUUAAUCAAUAUAUUACAAGUUAUUUAAAACA